AUGAAGAGCGGCAGUUUCAAUGUGCCAAUACUCAAGCAGCAAAUUCGAGAUGAAGGCAGCCAACUAAACGUAAGCGCCGCUAUCUCGCUUCUCCUCGCUGGCCAUAAAGUACAUGUCCUGGAAAGCGCGUCUAAGAUUGCAGAAGUAGGAGCUGGUAUCCAAGUUCUGCCGAACAGCUCUCGCGUUCUUAUCCAAUGGGGCCUAGAAGAACGACUUCUUCGCCAUGUCACUUUUCCUGAUGAGUGUAUGAUGCUCGGCUGGAAGGGUGAGAGACUAUCUUCCAUGGAUUUUGUAGAUGCGACCAAGGAGUAUGGAACUCCAUUUUGGGACUUUCAUCGAGCGGACUUGCAUAAGGCGCUCUUGGACAGGGCUGUGGAACUAGGAGCUAGCUUUUCGAUUAAUGCUCGAGUUAUCGAUAUCAGGUACGAGGAAGACGCAAAAGACACUGCCACUGUCAUCCUCAAGUCUGGAGAACGUCUGACCGCUGAUCUUGUCGUCGGUGCUGACGGCAUCUUUUCGACGUGUCGAGACCUUCUUCUCGGUACUCCUAGCCCUCCUACACCGACUGGCGACCUUGCAUACCGCGUUCUCCUUGAUACGAAAGCCAUGAAGGAAGAUCCAGAACUCGCCCCACUGCUCGACAAACCGCACAAAGUUCGAUACUGGAUGGGGCCAGGAGCACACGCAGUCAACUAUGUGCUUCGAGAUGGCGAGCUCUUCAACAUGGUACUGCUCGUACCCGAUGACAUGCCAGCGGACGCGACGACUUUAGACGGCAAUGUCGAAGAAAUGAUUGAGCUGUACAAAGACUGGGAUCCUCGUAUACCAAAACUACUUGCGCUGUGCCAAUCAGUGCAGAAGUGGAAGUUGUGUUUCCGCGCUGGUCUGGAGUCGUCAUGGUCAAAUGAAGAUGUGACUUUCGUUCUUCUUGGGGACUGUGUACAUGCCACGCUGCCGUAUUUAGCAUCAGGGGCAGGUAUGUCGCUUGAAGAUGGCGCGACACUCGGUUUUUGUUUGGGCAAGAUCAAAAACAAAUCGUAUCAGGAGAAGCAAAAGGCCUUGGGUGUGUAUGAGGACUGUAGGAGGGUACGUACUGAGAGCAUUGUUGCCAGAGGUAAUCUGCAGCAAGAGCUCUAUCAUUUCGAUGACGGGCCGGAACAGGAAGCUCGAGAUGCUAGGUUUCAGGCGUUCGAAGAACUCGAGACGGAGAUCAGGCUCACUGGCAACCUGAAUGCUGACUUGCCGGCAGGGUGGAAGUUGGGUGAUGAUCCAUUGGCUUGGAGAAGAUAUGGCGUUGGCAGUUGGUUGAUGUCUUUCGAUUGCCAACGCGAUGUCGAAGAACGAUGGCCAGCAGAGAAAGAAACAGUGACUACUGCAUCUGAUAUAAGGGCUCAGUUGUAA